AUGAUCAGCAACACAGCCCGAGCCUUCUUGGAGGAGCCCUGCGACCCGGUGCUUUACGACCUUCGAGCAUCCAUCGCACAUGGCUUCACGCACCACGAAGCGACCUUCGCGGACCCGGAGCUGUCGGUCGACGGCCUCGACGAGCUCCUCACGUGGCCACUCCCAGACGCCCAAGCGCCCAAGCUCGCCGCGCUCCGCGGCUACGACGCUGCGACAACCGUCAUACCCGGUGACGCGCUUGGCAUCAAACCGGGCUACGCAGAUCAUGCGACCGCACGCACGGGGUGCUGGGUUGCGACUACCAUCUCGUUGCCCAUGCAGCUCGUGGCGAUCGAGGCGUCCUCGUCGAAUCGUCAACCGUACCUCUGGCCCGUGCUCCGCGCCUGCGUCUGGUUCAACGUCUGGCGAGUCUGGAACGAUCGCAACUUUCGCGCCGUCAAGGCGGCACGCGUCGCUCAACUGCACUUGCACCACAGCCUCGUACAAGAGGCCGAGCAGCCUGCUCUUCGUCGGCUUCUUCGGCUCAUCGCCCAACACGAGUGGCCGCGACGUCACCUCGUCCCGCGGAUUGCGCUCCUGCCUCUGCCUGCCUAA